AUGCUGCAUUUGAGUAAGGGUGAUUUUGUGUGGGUGGACUCUGGUGCUGGGGUGCCGAUCGGGGCGGAGGUCAAGGUGACGGACACAGGACAGCUUCAGCUUAUCGAUGAUGAAGGAAAGGAGCACAAGAUCAACAAGAAGACAGAGGGUAGCAUCCGACCCAUGCACCCCACCUCUGUGAAGGGUGUGGAUGACAUGAUAAGGCUCGGUGAUCUCAAUGAGGCGGGGCUCCUCAGGAACCUCCUGGUGCGACACAAAGAAGGCAUCAUCUACACAUAUACAGGCUCCAUUUUGGUGGCGGUCAACCCCUACCAGCUGCUGCCCAUCUACACCGCCGAUUAUGUGCACAUGUACACAGAUCGAAGGCUGGGUGAGCUGCCGCCGCACGUCUUCGCCAUCGCAGACAGCUGCUUUUUCAACAUGCGCCGCAACCGAAAGAACCAGUGCUGUGUCAUCAGUGGAGAGUCAGGAGCAGGGAAGACCGAGAGCACCAAGCUGAUGUUGCAGUUCCUGGCUGCAGUGAGCGGCCGGCACUCCUGGAUCGAGCAGCAGGUUCUUGAAGCAAACCCCAUCUUAGAGGCUUUUGGGAAUGCCAAAACCAUCCGCAAUGAUAACUCCAGUCGUUUUGGGAAGUACAUUGACAUCAGCUUCACCAAGGGUGGGGCCAUUGAGGGGGCCCGUGUUGAUCAGUACCUGCUGGAGAAGUCCAGAGUUUGUCGUCAGGCACCUGAGGAAAGAAACUACCAUAUCUUUUACUACAUGCUGAUGGGCAUGUCGGCUGAGCAGAAAAAGAUUCUCUCCCUUGGAAACGCUGCUGAGUACAACUAUCUGACCAUGGGUAACUGCACCAGCUGUGAAGGACGUGAUGAUGUGAAGGAGUACGCCCACUUCCGCUCAGCGCUGAAGAUCCUUAUGUUCACGGAGAAUGACUCGUGGGAAAUCUCCAAACUGCUCGCUGCGAUCCUUCACCUGGGCAACGUGAACUUUGAGGGCACCACAGUAAAUAACCUGGAGGGCUGUGACAUCCUCACAUCAUCUCAUUUCAACAUGGCGAGCCAACUUUUGGAAGUGGAUCCCAAAGUGCUGGAGAAGGGCCUGACUCAGCGCUCCUUGAUGACUGCCAGGGAGAGUGUGAGCAGACCUCUGACCUCUGCCCAGGCUGUGGAUGGCAGGGACGCCUUUGUCAAAGCGAUUUAUGGAAGACUCUUCAUUUGGGUUGUUGACAAAAUAAACUCUGCCAUUUACAAGCCGCCUGAAGAGUCCGACGAGGCCCGACUGUCAAUAGGCUUGCUGGACAUCUUUGGUUUUGAGAACUUCAGCAAAAACAGCUUUGAGCAGCUGUGCAUCAACUACGCCAAUGAGCAGCUGCAGCAGUUUUUUGUCAGGCAUGUUUUCAAGCUGGAGCAGGAGGAGUACGCCCGUGAAAACAUUGUUUGGAAGCACAUUGACUACAAAGACAACCAAAGCACCCUGGACGUGCUGGCCAACAAACCCAUGAACAUGCUGGCUCUUAUUGAUGAGGAGAGCAACUUCCCCAAGGGCACAGAUUCCACCAUGCUCCAAAAAAUGAAUCAGGUCCAUGGGAAAGGGGAAAUCUAUAUUCCCCCCAAGAACAACUAUGAGACACAGUUUGGAAUCCGGCAUUUUGCUGGAGUGGUCUACUAUGAUUCAAAAGGUUUCCUGGAGAAGAACCGUGACACUCUCAGCUCUGACCUGAUUCAGCUGGUGGAAACCUCGGCCAACAAGCUCCUCAAAAAGGUGUUUCAGAACGAGCUGCCCUCCAGUGCCAUCAAGAGCAGCACCAACCCAAGGAUGAUCAUCACCACGCCCAAGAACAGCCUCCGGCAAGCAGCUGAGAGCAAGAAGCAUGUGGCAACUCUGACUGGCCAGUUUCGCCAGUCUCUGGAUUCCCUGAUGAAAACACUGACUGUGUGCCAGCCCUAUUUCAUACGCUGCAUUAAACCCAAUGACUUCAAGAAGCCCAUGCUGUUUGACAGAGAGCUGUGCGUCCACCAGCUCCGCUACUCUGGUAUGUUGGAGACCAUCAGGAUCCGGAAAGCUGGAUAUCCUGUACGCUACACCUUCAACGAGUUCAUGGAGCGCUACCGCGUCCUUCUGAAAACUUCCACCUGUGAUCCCACAACAGAAAGCAAAGAGAAAUGCUGUGAGAGCAUCUGUGAGGCUGUGCUCGGAGAGGGCGACUGGAAGACUGGCAAGACAAAGAUAUUCCUGAAGGACUUCCAUGACACCUUGCUUGAACUGGAGCGAAUGAAAAAACUGCAUGACAAAGCACUUUUGAUCCAGAGAGUCCUGAGAGGCUACAGAUACAGGAGAGAGUUCCUGAGGAAAAAGGCAGGUGCUCUUGUCAUUCAGAAAUACUGGAGAGGACACAAAGGCAGAAAACUGUACAAAGUGGUCCAGCUGGGCUUCACCAGGCUGCAGGCGCAGGUUCGCUCUCGCCAACUCCACUUCCAGUAUAAGAAGAAGCGGGAGGCGGCCAUCGUGCUACAGACCAGAGCCAGAGGAUACCUGGCCAGGAAGGAAUGGAAGCGUAAGAGAGAUGCUGUGAUCCUCCUGCAGGCGCACACCAGAGCUGUGAUCGCGAGAAGAGCUCUCAAAAAGAUGAAGAGAGAUAUGUACCUCUCUGCUAAAGAGAAAGAAGAAGAGCAGCGGUUAAUUUUGGAGAGACAGAGGCAUUUGGAGGAGGUGCUGAGGCAGAAGAAAGAGAUGGAGGCCAAAGCUCAGUCAGAGUCCAUCACAGACCAGGAGAUGGUGGACAGCAUCUUUGGCUUCCUGCCCACUAUUAUUGGGGGGCAGGAGGGGCAAGCACCUGUGGGAUACGAGAAUUUUGAGAAGAAAAGGAUGAUUACAGAGGAAAUAGACAUCGACGACCUACCCAUGGAGGAAGAUCUUCCCAAAGAAGACUACGAUGACCUGGAUGAGUACUCCUUCUCCAAGUUUGCAUCCAUGUACUUCCAGGGUGCAGCCACUCACACCCACAUCCGCCAGAGGCUGCGGCAGCCCUUGCUCUACCAUGAGGAUGAGGGAGAUGUUCUGGCGUCGCUGACAGUGUGGUGGAUCAUUCUGAGGUUUAUGGGAGACCUUCCUGAGCCGAAGAAGCAGGUCCAGGUCCAGGGAACCUCCACACAGGAGCGCUUUAUGCCUCAGGACCUGAUCUCCAGAAAGGACAGACGUCUCAGCCACAUGGUGGGCCUGGACCAGAGGGUACUAAGGAGUAAAAAAGAAAUAAAGCCUUCAGUAGUCCCGGAAGAGCCAACACAAAACCGAAAGAGCUCCAUCUUCACAGACCUGCUGACCAGAAACAGGAAGGCCUCUGCUGUGCCCAGUGGGACAGCUCAAAACCCGAGGGUGUACACUGUGCCCGAGGGAAGCCCACGAACAAGGAAGGGAUCCACUUUCACUGACCUACUGUCCAGAAACAGAAAAGCAUCAAAUGUUCAAGAAAAUGGAAUCCCGAAAUCUACUGCCAGUAUCAGGAAACCCUCGAUCAUCAUGGAGGAGUCAGAUGAUCUGACUGAAGUGUCCAAGCCUCCAACCCUGCAGACUGUGAAUGAGGACAGUGAUGUCAUGAUUGGAGAAGGACCCACCCUGGAAAGGCCGCUGACCUCUCUGGAAAAACUCCACAUUAUCGUGGGAUAUGCUAUUGUCAGACGUGACCUCAGGGAUGAGAUUUACUGUCAGAUCUGCAAGCAGCUUCAGGAUAACAACAAUCGCAACAGCUACUUCCGCGGUUGGAUUCUGUUGUCGCUCUGUUUAGGCGUUUUCCCUCCAAGUGAGCGCUUUGUAAGGUACCUGCAAAGCUUCAUCCGUUCCGCUCCCGUAGGCUACGCUUCCUACUGUGCUGAAAGGCUGCGGCGCACAGCGAUGAAUGGACUGCGAGGGGAGCCUCCAGCUUGGCUGGAGCUGCAGGCAACCAAGACAAAAAAGCCCAUGAUAGUGUCUGUGAUGCUGAUGGAUGGACGUUCAGUUAACCUGCCUGUUGACUCAGCGUCCACCUCCAAAGAGAUCUGCCAAGUCCUCUCUAACAAAGUCAAACUCAAAGACACCUUUGGCUUCUCUCUCUAUGUGGCUCUGUAUGAAAAGGUGUGGGCUCUGGGCAGCGGCCGGGGUCACGUGAUGGACGCAAUUUCCCAGUGUGAGCAAGAAGUGAAGAGGAGAGGAGGGCAGGAGCAGCAUGCUCCCUGGCGUCUCUUCUUCCGCAAGGAGGUCUUCACCCCCUGGCAUGACUGUAAAGAGGACAAGAUCAGCACAGACCUCAUCUACAAGCAGAUCAUCCAUGGUCUGAAGUGUGGAGAGUACCAGAGUGAGAAGGAGGAUGAUUUAGUUCAGCUCGCUGCAAAACAUUUGUACAUCCAGCACGGUUCAGACAGCAGUCCAGACAAUGUGAAGCAAGCUGUUCAAGACUGCAUCAACAGCACUCUGCUGGAGGCCAAGUCAGAGGCCAAGUGGGUGCAGAUGGUCGGCACAGCUCAUGCUCAGGGUCCAUUUCUGAGUUCACGACAAAAGACAGAUUCUGUGAAGGCAGAGAUGGUCGACUAUGUCCGGAAGAAGUGGCCCAUAUUCUUCUCCAGGUUCUUUGAGGUUGUCAAACUGUCAGGUCCUCCACUGCCAAAGAGCAAGUUCAUCGUAGCCAUAAACUGGACUGGUAUCACAUUCCUGGAUGAAAGAGAGAAGAGGCUGCUGGAGCUCUCCUUCCCUGAAGUGACAGGAGUCAAUACCAUAAGGGAGGGUAAAGCUUCUGGUCAGGCAGUGUGUCUGCUGACACUGAAAGGAGACUUCACUCUGAGCGGGUCCACAGCUGAGGACAUGGCUGAGCUGGUUACCAUGUUCCUGAGUGGACUGACAGAGCGAUCUCAGUAUGCUGUGGCCCUGAAGGACGUCAACAGACAAGAUGAUCCCACGUUCCUCAGCUUCAAGAAGGGAGAACUGAUUGUAAUUAUCAAAGACGAUGAGUUUUCUCAGCAGCGUGGCUGGAUAAAGGGCCAAAUCGAGGGCACAAAACAAUCAGGAGCCGUCCCCAUGGAGGCCAUUUUAAUCCUACCAACGCUCAGCAAACCCACCUAUGAGGUCAUGAGCCUCGUCAACCUGCCUCCUAACCAGAGGAAGAGCAUCAUUCAGGCAAACCAGAAGGAAACAGGAACAGUGGAGAGAGUGGCUCCAGCCACACUGAAGGAAUUCUCUCUCGAGUUCUUCAGGCAUCCCACUAAUGAUGUUAACCGCCAGGUGAUUUCCAGGAAUGCCGCUCCUGAGAGGCUCUGGGCAAACUCCAGAGAGCCGAUCAGACAGCCCCUCCUCAAGAAACUGGUGGGUCACUCAGAGCUGAGCCACAAAGCCUGUCUGGCUUUCACUGCCAUUUUGAAAUAUAUGGGAGAUUACCCCACCAAGCAGAUGCAGAGUCCUCUUGAGCUCACUGACCAGAUCUUCGGCCCUGACACUCAAAACGAGGCGCUCAGGGAUGAGAUCUAUUGCCAGAUUAUGAAGCAGAUGACCAGCAAUAACAACAGGUACAGCAUGGAGCAGGGCUGGCAGCUGCUGUGGCUGUGCUGCGGCCUGUUUCCUCCCAGCCCGUCUCUUCUGAGACACACUCAGCGCUUUCUGGAGUCGCGGCGCAGAGAGCCCCUGGCUUCUGACUGUCUGCAGCGGCUGCAGAGCUCUCUGAGGAUGGAGCCCAGGAAGCUCCCACCACACCAGGUGGAGGUAGACGCCAUCCAGCUGAACAGCAUCCAGAUCUUCCACAAAAUCCACUUCCCCAACGACACAGAGGAGAUAUUUGAGGUUGCAACCAACACCAGGAUCAGGGAUCUGAUUCAGAACAUAACCAACAAGCUCAAUCUGGUCUCAGCAGACGGCUUCAGUAUUUUUGUCAAAACACAUGACAAGGUCCUCAGUUUGAAUGACACAGACUACUUCUUUGAUAGUCUGAGACAAAUCACUGACUGGUCCAAAAAAGCCAAGAGGAUCCAAGACGGUGGGCCAGUCAGCAUACCCUACCUUGUGUUCUUCAUGAGGAAGUUGUGGUUCAAUGUGAUCCCUGGCAGAGACACAGAGGCCGAUCUUAUCUUCCAUUUCCCUCAGGAGCUACCUAAGUACCUGAGAGGCUAUCACGUCUGCACCAAAGAUGAAAUGCUCAACAUUGCGGCUUUGCUCUUCAGAAUAAAGGUCAGCAACGACAAGAGCCAGCUUGUCAUGAUUCCCAAGAUGCUGAAGGAUCUUGUGCCCGCUGACCAACUGAAGGCCAUGUCUGAAAAUGAGUGGAAGAAGAUUAUUGUUGCUUAUUACAACAAACAAGCUGGAAUGACUGUUGAAGAAGCCAAGCUGGCAUUUCUGAAGGCAGUUUACCGCUGGCCGACAUUUGGCUGUGCAUUCUUCGAAGUAAAGCAAACAUCAGAACCAAACUUCCCUGAUAUUGUGCGAAUAGCCAUCAGCAAGCAAGGACUCACAAUCAUUCACCCUAAAACCAAGGACGUUUUGGCAAAUCACCCAUUCAAUCGCAUCGCUAACUGGUGCAGUGGAAGCACCUACUUUCACAUGACUAUUGGCAGUUUGGUCAAGGGAAGCAAAUUUCUGUGUGAAACCUCACUGGGUUACAAGAUGGAUGAUCUCAUAACCUCCUAUGUCAACAUGUACCUCAGAGAGAGGAGGGUUGGGCAAACCAGGAACCAGCGCUUCAACAUGUGAGCUUUGCAGUCAGUAGCAUGAGUGUGACGCAACUCUGGAGCUGCAGAUAUAAACCAACACGCUCAACACGCAGUUCAUACACAUGCAGCGUGAGGCAGAGCACAAACACUUCUCUGCUUUUCAAAGUACAAUUUUUUUUUGUUUUUUAUUGAUCAUAGGAAACAAAGUGGUUGUAGAUUUCUCACAUUUUAUUUAAACUAAUGUUUCUCCGGUAUGUCUGUAAGUAACACAGCCUGAAGUGAAGAAAAAGUCAUAUUUAUGGCAUUUCUGUGUGCACGUUUUCUUAUCAUCUUAUUUAUGCUCUGGAGAUAAGAUAAUUACAUCGGAUCCACAGAUCAAACAAAAUCUACAAAUGUUUAUGAUGAAAUGAUUUUCACAAAUGUUUCUCCUUCCUGAAACAAACAUCACCCGAGCUCAAUAGAUGUAAAUGAGUUUUACAAAUAAAUAUAACAAUAGAUGAGUGCAUAUUUCCAACUUAUUUCACACAUAUAUUUGUAAACAUCAUUUAUUUUCAAACCAUCAUAAACAUUUGUAAAUACUGUUUUUAACUGUGGAUCAUGAAACACUAAUUUGUCACUCCAACAUUUCUCUGUGCCAGUCUGCCAACCUAAACCCUGAAGGGGCCCUGUGGAUUUUUCUACUCAGUGUUUCUUACUGAAAACUCACUGUGCGUAUCCUUGAUGUCUAACAAAGCUAUUGAAUGUAUUUUAAUUCUCAUAAAGCCGUUUAAAGACAAUUUGAAAAUGUUUAAUCGCACAGUGUUUACAUGCAUGUUUGCUAGCUCAGUCUACUUCUUCAUUGGCUUUGUUCGUACAUUGCUGCUCUUCUUUACAUGUUAACGCCACCACGUGUUGAUGGUGUGAAACCGACAGUGAAUUGUGCCGCUCACAUGCUUGCACACAUACAUGUGUUUGUAUUGUGCACGUACACAAUACAAACAAAAUGAGGACCCACUAGUCGAAACACUGCUCGCCAGUGCUAACCGUGUGGUCGAAAACUCUACUUUAAAUAAGCCCGCCUUUAAAAAAACAUCUUAAAUGCUUACAGUGAUUUUUCAUUCAAGUGAGAAAACAUUCAAUGAGACAUUUAUUGCUGAGUAAUAAUUUUUUUCUUUGAACAUUAUCAAAUAAAAGAUUUUCCCA